GAGGCGGCGUGGCCGGGAGGGGAUCAGUAGCGAUCCUGUUACAUCUGCCAACCAGAGAGGCCUCGAGCUUGUUUUUACAUUUUUGUUCGGGAGAUGGCACAGGUUGCGCGGCCGGUCUUGGGCCUGUGUCGGGGCCCGGUGCCGGUUCUGCUCCGCUUGCUGGGACUCAGAGGGGUUUGUAGUUCCCGCUGCAACAAGCAGGCUCAGCCUCUGCAGAGCCACCCACCACAACGGCCCGUUAGAGCUCCGAGAACAGAACCAGACCUGAAUAGUUUUGCCUUACGGACUCAUACUUGUGGAGAACUGUGUACUGCUCACAUUGGUCAAGAGGUCAGACUCUGUGGCUGGGUUCAGUAUCAGAGACAGGGUGUCUUCAUUGUUCUGAGAGAUUUUGAUGGGUUAACACAGAUUGUUAUACCCCAGGAAAAGUCUACUGCACACCUCAAGAAGAUAUUGUGCGAACUUCCUCUGGAAUCUGUAAUUACUGUCACUGGAACAGUGAUCCCCCGACCACCAGGACAAGCGAAUCUGGAGAUGCCAACAGGAAAAAUUGAAGUGCAAAUGCAGCAUGCUGAGAUUCUGAACAGAUGUAGGAAGCUGCCUUUUGAAAUCAAGGAGCUUGUAAAGAAAUCAGAAGCACUGCGCAUGCAGUACCGCUACCUGGAUCUGAGGAGUUCCCAGAUGCAGUAUAGCUUGCGACUGCGGUCCCAGAUGGUAAUGAAGAUGAGAGAGUAUCUCUGUAAUUUACAUGGUUUUGUAGAUGUGGAGACUCCAACGUUAUUUAAGAAAACCCCUGGUGGAGCCAAGGAAUUUGUGGUACCCUCAAGGGAGCCAGGGAAGUUUUACUGCCUCCCACAGAGCCCUCAACAAUUCAAGCAGCUGUUGAUGAUAGGGGGACUAGACAGAGCAAUUAAAAAGUACUGUCUUUAUAAUCAAUUGCACGACAUUGUUGAUGGUCAGGUUUAUGGCGACCAGAUCGUUGAUGUUAGUGAGGUGUUCAGAAAUACAGAGAUUUCCUUCUUGCGUAAUGCAUUAUCCUGUCCACAUGGUGCCAUUCGGAUGAUCUUAGUUGCUGAUGGAGUGAAACAUUUUAAAAAGAGGGAUUUUGAAUACCUUACUCAGUUGGCAAAAUUUCAGUUUAAUCAGGACUUAACGUUUGUUAUGCUGCAACCUGAUGGCACAUGGAAAUCUGCAGUUUCCAAAUUCCUUACAGAUAUGGAGAAAUCUCAACUGUGUCACAUGACAAAUAUCCAAAAAGGUGAUGUGCUGAUUCUUGCAGCAGGAGAUCGGACAAAGGCAAAUGUUGCAUUAGGGAAAUUGCGGCUGGAGUGUGCAGAUAUUCUGGAAUCUAAGGGUGUCACCCUCAGAGAUCCAAGUAUAUUCAAUUUCCUCUGGAUCAUUGAUUUCCCACUGUUUCUACCAAAAGAAAACAGCCCUGAAGAGUUUGAAUCAGCUCACCACCCCUUUACAGCCCCGCAUCCAGAUGAUAUCCAUCUCAUCUACACAGAGCCUAACAAGGUGAGGAGUCAACAUUAUGACUUGGUAUUAAAUGGCAAUGAAAUAGGAGGAGGCUCCAUUCGAAUACAUAAUAUGGAGUUGCAGAAUUAUGUCCUGGAGACAAUACUGAAGGAAGACAGUGGGUUGUUAUCACAUCUACUUGAGGCACUAGAUUCUGGAGCACCACCGCAUGGUGGGAUUGCAUUGGGUUUGGACAGACUGAUAGCUCUCAUAAUUGGAGCAUCAAGUAUCAGGGAUGUCAUUGCUUUUCCAAAGUCCUUCAGAGGCCGUGAUCUUAUGAGUAAAGCACCAGACUAUGUCAGUCCUGAAGAGCUGAGUCCAUAUCAUAUUCAGGUGAACUGGCCAACAGAAAUACAUAAAGUCACUGCUAAAUCAUGAUUUACUGUAGUGACUGGUAACACUUAAAAGCGAACAUGCACUGGAAGUCAAAUUGGAAUUUGGAUCAUAUUAGUUUACAUCAUUUCUAUGGUUUGGGACCAACAAAAAUCAUUGAAAACUGAUGGCAGGAGCAGCUAUCUGCUGUGGUGGUAUGUUUAGUGUGCAUGUUGAUCAGAUUUCAGUUUCUGAAUAAUGUUUCAAAUUAAUGGUCAUUUAAAGUUAAUUAAAUUAUAGGGUCCCUGACUUAGGAAUGCGAUUCCAUUGAGUGUUGUAAUCUUAAAGAUCCAACACAAGAACAUUUCCUGUGCUUAUGAACAACUAUUUUAUAUUGUGCUGCAUUGUGUUCCAACUUGCAUACGAAUCGACUUGCAAACGAGCUCAAGAGUGGAACUUGUUCACCACUGGGGACUGCCUGCACUAGAAAAUGUUCUUUUUUUAAAAGCAAAAAGCAGUACCUCUGUUUAAACUAAAAGGUUUUUGCUUUGUAAGCAUACUAGACUAUGUGGGUCUUUCCGAAGACCUGGCAUUAUGUCCCAUGCAGGUCCAGAGGAUAGUGCUAAAUUACACUUUUUUUUCACUUCAGUGCUUGAAAGUAGUUAAUCUGUUUUCAGCCAGAAGGCUCCCUCUCUGAUCUGGCCAAAAUGUAUUUAGCUUUUACAUUCAGUGGGGGAAGCAUCAGAACAUUUUAUUUUUAUUUUUCUUCUUACUUUUCUUUCAAAAGCACUGUAGCAAUAGUCCAAAGUCACACAACACCAGGUUAUAGUCCAACAGGUUUAUUUCUUCACCUGAUGAAGGGGCAGUGCUUACAAAGCUUAUGAUUUUAAAUAAACCUGUUGGACUAUAAUCCCCGGUGUCGUGAGACUUUUGACUUUGUCCACCCCAGUCCAACACCAGCAUCUCCACAUAAUUGUAGCAAUACUGGCCAUGUUUGUUCAAUUCUUAGUAUAAUAUAUAUUAAUUCCUGUUCAUUAAUUCAUGGAUCACCAUGACUUUAUGCAUGAUAUUGCCCCUUUUCAUCUGGUACAAAAAGCCUCAUCCAUGUUUUUGUUAUCUCCAACCGUGACUAUACCAACGCAAUCCUAUCUCAGGCUGUAUACGCUCUUUAAGCUCAGUCAUCCAAACCUCUGCUGCCUGGACCAUAUAAAUCCUUCCAUGGCUUUGCCUGUCUCUAUCUCUGUAUAAUCUUCUGCUGCACUCCUCUAAAACUAACCUUUUUCAGCAUCCCCAAUUUUUAAUCCUUUCACAGUGAUGGUCAUGCCGUCAGAUAUCAAGCGACUAUGCUCUUUUUGACUGAAAAAAAACAUGCUGGAGAUCACAGCAGGUCAGACAGCAUCCAUGGAGAGAUAGCAAGCUAACGUUUUGAGUCCAAAUGGUGGAAGAGUCAUCAACGUUAAUUUGCUCUCUUUCCGUAGAUGCUGUCUGACCCGCUGUGAUCUUCAGCAUUUGUUGUUUUCAGUACAGACUCCAGCAUCUGCAGUAAUUUGCUCCUAGACUAUGCUCUUCUUCCCUCCCUACACCUCAGCGUACCACUCUUUUUUUUUCUUUAGUGAUACUUUGACGAUACUUUUGUUGAUCUGUCUCAUUUUCCCUUUGGAUAUGAACUUUUAAAAAAGGCCAGUAUUCCCCAUCUGCAUAUGAAAAACUUUAUUUUCCCCAUUAGCUUACACUCCCAUAGUAGCUAGAAUUAAUCCAUAUCUUCCUUAAUUAUAUGAUUGCAUUGUGACCUUUUUCUAUGACAUGUGUAAUCAAAUAAAAACAUUGUAAUAUU